CCCCGUGAGUCUGGUUGGAAAAACCGUCUGUCGGCGGGGAAAAUAUUAGAAAACACAACACAGCAUGACGCUACCACUCACCAAUUGAUAGGAGGCAUUAAUAUUAUUCUAACGGUUAUUCUGGCGCCGUGGCUGUGUGCUCAGCCUGGCAGCCGCUGGAGAUCAACGGACACCGCGGCACCGUGCAUCGCGGCCAGCUUUACGUUCCCACGGCCAAAACCAAACAAGCCGCUUCGGGGUCAAACCGUCAGGAAGUCGACCGCAGGGGGACGCGGGAGGUAGCAGCGGAAAUGUUAGCUAUCCACAGCUCGGCUUGAGGGGACAUUUUGUCCAGUCUCGGUGAACGCAUGCCGCUGCUUUUACUCUAGCUAACGGGCUAUUUGCUGGGCUGAAGCCAGCUAACUUUAGCUAAUUGGGGCCCUGUUUUCCCUCUCGAUACCUGCAUUUUCCGGAUCUUUCAAGGGCCAUGGAUUUCCCAGGCCAUUUUGAGCAGAUCUUUCAGCAGCUGAACUAUCAGCGUGUCCAUGGUCAGCUUUGUGACUGUGUCAUCGUGGUAGGAAGCCGACACUUUAAAGCUCACCGCUCUGUGCUGGCGGCCUGCAGCACCCACUUCAGAGCGCUGUUCACUGUCGCAGAGGGAGAUGCUAGCAUGAACAUGAUCCAGCUGGACAGCGAGGUGGUGACGGCCGAGGCCUUUGCUGCUCUCGUGGACAUGAUGUACACGUCAACACUGAUGCUCGGCGAGAGCAAUGUCAUGGAUGUUCUCCUCGCAGCUUCGCAUCUGCACCUCAACAAUGUGGUCAAGGCUUGCAAACACUACCUGACGACGCGUACGCUGCCCAUGUCCCCCUCAUCCGACAGAGCUGCCCAUCACCACCCACAGCAGGAGCAGCAGAGGCACAGACAGCAGCAGCAUCAGCAAGUAGCUGAUUUAGCAGUGAACCCGAUGUUAGCAGCUAAUGCUAAUCUUGCAGCAAAUGCUGCCACUUCAAAGCUGCAGCGCUCCUUCUUACUGCAGCAGCUGGGGCUCAGCUUGGUGAGCUCUGCUUUGGGUGGGAUGGAAGACGACCGGGUGGGAAAUGUUGUUGGCAGUAGGGUGGUUGACCAGAGGGCCUCCUUCCCAAUCCGACGCUUCCACAAACGGAAGCCCUCUCUGGCGCUGGGGCUUUCAGAGGAGAGACCCAGACAGAGACAGCGUCCUUUGGCGCCUAACCUCGGGUUGUUAGGAGAAGAAGGGGUGAACGCAGAGCGGGAGGAGGGAGCACUUCUCUCCCCGGAUUCCCACAAGAUGGGGGACGAAUCUAAACUUGACCCUGCGAUCACUGGGUUAGCAGCUGCGUCCCAAGAUGACCCUCAGAUGCCGAGUCAGUCAGAUAGUGGACGCUGCGAGGAGGACAACUUGGGGAGAAUUCAAGGAGUAAACAAAGUAGAGGACAUGGAUGACCAGGAUCAGCAGGACAGCAGAGCAGGGGUGAAAAUAAAAUCAGGAACAGAGGAGGAGGAGAACGAAGAAGAGGAGCAGAAGGUGGUUGUUAAACGUGAGCCGCUAAGUUCCCCCGAGCCAGCUGAUGAAAUUAGCGACGUCACAUCGCAGGCCGAAGGCAGUGAUCCCCCCGAGCCUGGGUGCCAGGAGGACGAAGAGAAGGUGGAGCUGAGCCCAGAAAGCAGCGACCGCAGCUUCACUUCUGAACCCCAGCCCAGCUCCGACUCUCUUCUCCAGCCCAGCUCCCAGCUCAUCCUCAAGAGCAGUAUAGGAGGAGGUGCGAACGGAGGAGGUUUUGGGUGUAAUAAUGGACUGAGUGGCAAACCUGGUUUCAGCAUUUCCAGCUUCCUCAGCCAAAAGGAUUUUGCGACUGGCAGCUCGGGGAUGGUUGCCAGAGAGGACGACCUUCCGAACACAACAACUGGGGAUGCAGUAGCACAUCGCUUUCUGCUGAGGCAGGAAGCUGCUGGCACUUCGAGCUCUGCUUCUUCCUCUCUUUUGCAAUCAGGCCCACUCAGUGGUGAGAGUAGAAGCAGUUUUGGAGAUAAUCUGCAAGCCGAUUCUCUGUUCCUCCGCCCCCUGCAUGAUGGUUUAGGAAACCCCAGAGGAAAUGGGGGAAAUUCAAGAGGAGGACGUGGAGGAGUGGAUCCUUUUGAUUUGGAAUUCCAGCGCUCAAGUUUGGGGCUUCAUUCACUGGGACGGCCCUCAAGAGAGACAGGAGGAGCCAGCGGCACAGGUCUGAGUUAUCCAGGCUACAGACGCAUUGCUCCAAAAAUGACCACUGGCAUGGGAGGAGAAGAGGCAGUAGGGGGGAUUCUUCAGGAUGCUGCCUCUUCUUCCUCAAGUCUAGCGGGUCCCCUGCUCCUCAAUGAGAACGGGGGGUAUGAGAUGAGUGGCAACAGGCCCACCUCCCUCCCCCCUCAGCUCACCCGGGCCUCAGCAGACGUUCUGUCCAAGUGCAAAAAGGCUCUCUCAGAGCACAAUGUCCUAGUGGUUGAAGGGGCACGAAAAUACGCCUGCAAAAUCUGCUGCAAAACCUUCCUCACCCUGACUGACUGCAAGAAACACAUCCGUGUCCACACGGGAGAGAAACCCUACGCAUGUCUGAAGUGUGGAAAACGCUUCAGCCAGUCGUCACACCUAUACAAGCAUUCCAAGACCACCUGUCUGCGCUGGCAGAACAGUAACAUGUCCAAUGGCCUGCUGUAGGAGCAGAGUGUGGAGAUUAAAACACUAGGAAUCAGUGUAGCUGCCUUUAAAGUCACAAAGCUGUUAUAAAAAUGUUUCUGAAGCUCUGA